GAAGGUCCCAAGUUGAGACCUGAAUCUACUGGAGUCCUAAGUGCUACAUCGGAGGACCAGGAAGAGAAACAAGCCAGGAAAAUGAUGUCCUUGAAAGUUCUUGCUCUGCUCGUGGUCUCUCUGAGCCUUGUUCUGACGGAGGAGAAUGACUUCAGCGCCAACCCGAAGAGUCCCAGCGCCAGAGCCGUUCAGCGACGUUACUCUGAGGCCAUCCUGGCCAGCGAUUACAGCCGGACCAUGGAUAACAUGCUCAAGAAGAACUUUGUGGAGUGGCUGUUGGCCAGAAGAGAGAAGAAAAGCGAUAACGCCAUCGAUCCAUCCAAGAGGGAAGCUGACCCCCAGAUGUCAGCUGUCAGUGGUCAACGUUUGGAGCUGGCCUCCCAAGGGGCUCAGGACUUUUUUGUCUGGCUUCUAAAAAACAAAAGAAAACAGAGUCUUACUGCUCCCAAAGAAUCUGAUCGCUUGAAAGACGUUCUGAGCGAGGAGCUAUUGGCGUGGCUGACGUCUGCUGAUCUCUGUAGACCGACGACUCAGUAGCCCCAAGACUCUCCAGAGGAGCUGGCUAUGCACUCUAACAACGGACGUGUUAAGAAUGAAGAAGGAUUUUGUAGCCACUUAGCUCAGUAUUCCCCCUCUGUGCAUAUUGUGCUCUUUGCUACGGUCAACAAUAAAGA